UUUUUCGCCCUUAGAAUGGAGGCGCCUGUGUUCAUUCUCGGGGCUGUUUGGGGCCCGGCGUGCAGCGAUGACGUUCGGAGCGCGCGCCGACGCCGCAGCCUGGGUGCUUUUUGCCCUUAGAAUGGGCGGGCAGGUUGGCUUCUGCUCUGCGAGGCGGAGAAGUAACGAGCCUGGAGGAAUGCCUGCGGACUGCAGGGCGGCUUUCCAAAAGGUUCUUCCUGGCCAUGCAGUAAUGCAGACUGAGCUGCAGGAGCCUGGAUUCUGAGCCUCUUUGAAAGAACAGCUUCCACUUUCCUUUACGGUGCAAAAUGGUUGACCCAAGAGAUAUUUGUCCUCACCUGGAUUCCAUAGGUGAAGUCACCAAGGAAGACCUGCUUCUCAAGUCAAAGGGGACGUGCCAGUCUUGCGGAGCUGGGGGACCAAACUUGUGGGCGUGCCUUCAGGUUGAUUGCCCUUACGUCGGUUGUGGGGAAUCCUUUUCUGAUCACAGCACCCUUCAUGCACAGGCCAAAAAGCACAAUCUGACAGUGAACUUGACGACGUUCCGGGUGUGGUGCUAUGCGUGUGAAAAGGAAGUGUUCUUGGACCAGCGGCUGGGAGCGCAUACUCCAACCCCACAGUCAAAAUUAAUAGACCAGGGUUCUCCUCCAGUUGUUCAUCCUCUGAAAGCUGUUCCAAUCGCAGUGGCUGACGAAGGGGAGUCAGAAUCAGAAGACGAUGAUCUCAAACCAAGAGGCCUUACCGGAAUGAAAAACCUUGGGAACUCCUGUUACAUGAAUGCUGCACUUCAAGCCCUCUCCAACUGCCCCCCGCUCACACAGUUCUUCCUGGAAUGUGGCGGUCUUGUGCGCACAGACAAGAAGCCAGCGCUUUGCAAAAGUUACCAAAAGCUGAUUUCUGAAGUGUGGCACAAGAAGCGCCCGAGCUAUGUAGUCCCAAGCAGCCUGUCCCAUGGUAUCAAGCUGGUCAAUCCUAUGUUUCGAGGCUACGCACAACAGGACACACAAGAAUUCCUGCGCUGCUUGAUGGACCAACUUCAUGAAGAGCUGAAGGAGCCGAUCGUUGCUGAGAUGCGGGACUCAGACUCCAGCGACACCGACGAUAAGCGGGAAGGUGACCGCAGUCCCUCGGAGGACGAGUUCCUCUCCUGUGACUCCAGCAGCGACCGAGGUGAAGGAGAUGGGCAGAGCAAAUCUGGCUCAUUGGUAGAAGCAGAGCUGUUGAUCCAGGAUGAGGCUGGAAGGGGGAUCUCUGAAAAAGAGAGGUUGAAGGACCGCAAGUUUUCGUAUAGCCACCGGCGGAGCAACUCUGAACAGGUGGACGAGGAUGCGGAUGUAGAUACCUCUAUGAUGACUGUGGAUGGCAGGGCUUCCCCUGAACCCCUUCCUCCUCCAACGCCUCGACCUGCCAGCCCUUCUCGGACCCCAGAACCAGACAAUGAUGCGUAUACCCGCUGCUCCUCUCGGCCCUGCAGCCCCGCCCACCAGGAUGUGCACUCCAAGCUGUCGAGCAGCCCUCCGCGUUCAAGCCCUGUGAGGCUGGGACCCUCUUACGUCCUGAAAAAAGCCCAGAUGCAGGCCUAUGGGAAAAAGAAGAAGGAGGUCCGAUACCGCAGCGUCAUCUCUGACAUCUUCGAUGGCUCCAUCUUGAGCCUUGUGCAGUGCCUCACUUGUGACAGAGUGCGUCUUCUUACUGCUGCUGAUCAAGUAAAAAUGGUCUCCACCACCGUAGAGACGUUCCAGGACCUCUCGCUCCCCAUCCCUGGUAAGGAGGACCUGGCCAAGCUGCACUCGGCUAUCUACCAAAACGUGCCGGCUAAGACAGGAGCGUGCGGGGACAACUACGCCUCACAGGGUUGGAUCGCGUUUAUCAUGGAGUAUAUCCGAAGGUUUGUGGUGUCCUGCAUCCCCAGCUGGUUUUGGGGUCCCGUGGUCACCCUGGAGGACUGCCUCGCUGCCUUCUUUGCUGCCGAUGAAUUGAAAGGUGACAACAUGUACAGCUGUGAACGGUGUAAAAAAUUGCGGAAUGGAGUUAAAUAUUGCAAAGUCCUCCAACUCCCUGAGAUCCUGUGCAUCCAUUUGAAGCGCUUCCGGCAUGAAGUCAUGUACUCCUUCAAAAUCAGCAGCCACGUCUCCUUCCCCUUGGAAGGGCUCGACCUUCGGCCUUUCCUGGCAAAGGAGAGUGUCUCCCAGAUCACCUCGUACGACCUCUUGUCUGUUAUCUGCCACCAUGGCACUGCAGGCAGCGGGCAUUACAUUGCCUACUGCCAAAAUGUGAUCAACGGCCAGUGGUAUGAAUUUGACGACCAGUAUGUCACGGAGGUGCAUGAGACAGUUGUGCAGAACGCAGAAGCCUACGUCCUGUUCUACAGGAAGAGCAGUGAGGAGGCGGUACGGGAGCGUCAGAAGGUGGUUUCCUUGGCCACCAUGAAGGAGCCUGGCUUGCUGCAGUUCUACAUCUCCCGGGAAUGGCUCAACAAAUUCAACACGUUUGCAGAGCCGGGUCCCAUCACCAACCACACCUUCCUCUGCUCCCACGGAGGCAUCCCUCCCAACAAAUACCAUUACAUUGAUGAUCUCGUGGUGAUUCUUCCCCAGAACGUAUGGGAGUACUUGUAUAACAGGUUUGGCGGUGGCCCAGCAGUGAACCACCUAUAUGUGUGUUCGGUGUGCCAGGUGGAGAUCGAAGCCCUGGCCAAGAGGAGGAAGAUCGAGAUUGACACCUUCAUUAAGCUGAACAAGGCAUUCCAGGCAGAGGAGUCUCCCAGUGUCAUCUAUUGCAUCAGCAUGCAGUGGUUUCGGGAGUGGGAGGCGUUUGUGAAAGGCAAGGACAACGAGCCGCCCGGACCAAUUGACAACAGCAAGAUUGCCGUGGCGAAAGGAAGUGGCCACAUGCAGGUGAAACAGGGAGCUGAUUACGGGCAAAUUUCUGAGGAGACGUGGGUUUACUUGAGCAUGCUCUACGGCGGAGGUCCCGAGAUCGCCAUCCGGCAGAACGUGGCCCAGGUGCAAGAGCUGGAGAGCUUGCACGGGGAGCAGAAGAUUGAAGCAGAAACCCGGGCUGCUUGAAUGACAGUGGACCACAGGGGGAAGGCUGUGCCAGGACCCGGAUUCCCCUCAGAGAGCGGACGCUCUGCAUCCCAGGAAAUGGGUCUGGACUCUUUCUUGUGUUUUUGGAACUCAGACGUACAGAGCAGCAGCCACCACCUCCUCCUGUUCACCGAGAAUCUCACUGCAACUAGAACCCAGUGUUAAUACAAAGCUAGCCAAAGCCCACAAGGCCUUUGUAGCUCUUCGCUUGCAGCCUCCCAGGUGAGACACGUUCUGCCAGUACGUCCUGGUCCAAGUUCUCACAUCUCUGACUGAGAAAAAGGGCAUCUUUGCCAAGGAUCUUUGUGUGCUGCACCACCCCUAAACAUCUCUGCCUGGUCGACUGGGGUUGUGCACGCUGCAACUACGGAGGAACUUUGGAGAAUACCCUGCUUCCUACUUCUCAUCUGUGCUGUGCUCAUCUGUGCUGUUCCUGUUGGUGAGCCUGGCAGUCUUGUGUAGCUGUGACCUUGCCUAUUCUUUGGCCACCACAACUAGGCACACACCGUUGCUUUUUCCUUUUGGAUUUGUGCCCUUUCAGCAGUUGAGGUAGCAGGUUCCGCUGGAGCCAGACUCCAAAUGACUUGGGGGAGUGGGCUUAAAGGCGUCCUCAUCCAGAGGCAAUUUGCAACUCUAAAAUCCCUUCCUUGUUUUUUGGCACAAUGGCCCUUCCCUUCCUUGUUGCUUCCCCUAUUCCAGUGGGAAGGAGCUUUCAAAACACAGGGGGAGGGGUACCCAUGAAUUUAUUUAUUUGUUUGCCACCCCUGAAGCAUUACCCCCGUGUUCGCAGUGUAAGCGCUUCCCUUCCCCUCCACACCCACCACAGGGAGCAAGUGCAGCUGAGCAGCUGGCCCCCCCCUCCUGUUGCCACUGAUGUUGGCCUCUUGAAAGAGGCAGCUGGGUUAGGCCUCUGUGCUGGCCUGACUGCUUGCUGCAGGGGGCCACCAGACGUGCAGGAAACAGCCCCGAGAAAGAGGGCUCUCUCUGGUGCUCAAGUCACUCAGGCCCCUUCCGUGUUGCAAGAAGUCAGACACACGACAAGCAGAGGGACUGGUGCAGGCUGAGCCCCCCCCCCCCCCCCCCGUUCACCUGGCAGUGAUGCUGAAAUUGGAACUCCUCGUGACACAGGAUGCAUGAGCAACUUGUGCAGAGCGGCACCUCUGCAGAUUGCCUUGUAUCUCCCCGCCCCCGGCCACAAAUGCUCUUGGGGAAGAAAAUCCACCAUUCCUAGGGGCUUCCGUGACUGAUGCUUUUUGUCUUGCUAGUCAACUGGGGGGGGGGAGUAGGGGGAAAAGGGGGGGAAAGAGAUCUGUUUCCUGCAGCUGGCCAUCUUCUGACUAGCAGAGUCCAGACUGUUGAGUGAGGGGUUGCUUGGUGGCUUGCUACUUGCUGUCUCAGGGCCUCUCUGAACCCCCCGUCUCUUCCUCCACCCACUCACCCCAGGAUACAACACACUAGCUCACUUGCCCCCUUCGUUUUAGUGAGUUGCAAGAUGAGCUCUUUAUAUGCGGGGUGGGGUGGGGGCUGAGAAAGGGGAUAAGGGCAAAGACCUGUUGUAAAAUGUGGGCCUUAUGAGACCUUUCCUUUUGGACGCUAAGCGCUUGGUGCAAACAGCCAGUGGAAAUGAAAGCAGGUGUUUCUCCAUGUCUCUGUUUCCCUUGUUGGCCUGGACUUGUACACACAAAACAACUUCCUGUCUUGCAGCCGCAGGGCACUUGGAGACCUUGUCACCAUUGGCAUUUCUCUGGAGUGUUUGUUCCCAGGUGUGAGUUAGUGUCAUUGUGCUCUGGGCGUGAGCUUGAAGCCACUGUUGCUGACUCUUGUGCUCUUGCUCGAGUUCCUCCUCUGUGCUGAGAACAUCGCCAAUAAACUCGCUUGCAUUCAAGUUG